UCUCACGUGACCCUGUAUCCAGAAUGGACACCUCCUCAGCAGACAUGGAUCCUGAACUUGCCCGGCAGCUGUUUUUUGAAGGUGCAACCCUGGUGAUCCUGGGUGUACCUGAAGGUUCUGAAUUUGGCAUUGACUACAAUAGCUGGCAGGUGGGACCUCGGUUUAGAGGUGUGAAAAUGGUGCCCCCGGGUGUACAUUUCAUGCACUACAAUGUAGUUGGGAAAGGAGGAGGGCUUGGAGAGAUGAGCCCUCGCAGCAGCAUGUUCCUAUAUUUGCAACAGAGAGAGCUGCGUCUUUUCCACUGGAACCCCCAGGAGGAAGAGAUGGUUGUAGCCCCCCAUGAAGAAGCAGAAAAGCUGAGGGAGGAGCUUCAAUCCUUAGACUCUUUCCUGGGGCCAUAUCCUUAUGAGAGCAUGCGCCGAUGGGUGUCACUCAGUAAUCACAUCGAGAAGGAGACCAUGUUCAGGCUGCAACCAACCUGUGGCACAAUAUUCUCUUUUCCUGAGGUCCUUCCCCUGGAAGCCAUGACCCACACUGCAGACCGAGUCCAGCAUAACCUUCCCAGAUAUGACAGUGUGUGCCAAAGCUAUAAGGAGGGCAUGGCCAGGCUGCCUCAGAUGAAGCAGAAAGAGGGAACAGAAAUCCGAUUUAGCAAGAUUCCUGCCAAGAUGUACCCUGAUGAUGCCACCCCUACAGAGAUCACCCAGCACAGCUUGGACCUUUCCUAUGCUCUUGAGCAGUUGCUUAAAACACACUACACAGGACAACCCUUGCAGCUGCUUGCUGAGCUGCAGUUCUCUUUUGUCUGCUUUGUACUUGGGAAUGUGUAUGAAGCAUUUGAGCAGUGGAAGAGUUUGCUCAACCUUCUGUGCCGCGCAGAGACUUUUUCCCUGCAGCACCCAGAACUCUACAUUAAAGUUAUAUCCGUCCUGUACCACCAGCUGGCACAAGUACCCACCGACUUCUUUGUUGACAUUGUAUCCCAGAACAACUUCCUUACCAGUACUCUGCAGGUUCUCUUCUCCUUUCUGUGUUCCCCCAAUGCAAAUCCCUCCCUCAGGAAAAAAGCUAUUCGCUUCCGAGCUCAUCUCACCAAGAAAUUCCAGUGGGAUUUUGAAGAGGAGCCUGAUGACUGCGCACCCCUUAUUGUCGAUUUGCCUGGAGGAUGGGACUGCAAAGAGAACCCUUCUUCGCAAAGCACUGCUUCCUGAGCAAAAGGACAAAGACACUGAAUCCUGUUUUUUUUUGCACUUACAUUUUGGGAUUCUCUCCUUUAGGGUGAGCUUAUGGGACGUACAUUGUUGAGAUCAGCUUUCCAGUACUGGGAUAAUACAUAACUGGGGCAAAAAGAUCAUUUCUGAAAACUAUAAACUCUUCACACUUUUGAAGAGAAGGAGAGGCUAAAAUGUAUUUAGUAACAGCUCCUCAGUGCCACUUGUUAACAUAAAAAUCACUUUGUAUUUUCUAUCUCCUCUGUCCUUCACACAACUAAUUAUAUUUCAGCCAACAUCUGCGGUUUCUUCUUCCUUUCAUUUGCUCAUGUUCCUACCACCAGCUUUCCCUUGUAAUCCAUAUUUUAUCAUUCCCUCAGGAUCACUGUCUGAGUCAGCUCUGCCUGCAAAGUGCAGUUGCUUUUCCCUGAAUCACUGACAUUUCAGAAGUUUCAGGUUCUGGCAAAUAUUCAUUAAUUUCAAUAUAGCCACCAGGGACCCCACAUUUCUUUUGAUUCUUUUUCCACUGGCAGAGCAAGCAGCAUGGCCCUUCCUUUCAGUAUAAAUGAAACCGAACGUGCAGUUCAAUAACUUGUGAACAGCCACGAAAGAAAACCCUGCUUUAGUGUAAAGGAUAUAAAUGACCUGGGAUUGCUUUAUUAUAAAGGACAGAAAGAAAUAUCCUGAGAAGUAAUUGUAGCCUAUAUUUAACACUGAAUAUCAUGGGUAUUCUUACUUGCCACUUCCCUCUUCUGCAGCAAAUUAAAAGCAAUUUAAUGUGAUUUUUUUGCUCUGGAUUAUUUGGUACCCACUUACAAAUAAAGUGACUUGAUGGGAA